UAUCUGUAAAUAGAGAAGUUAAAUAGCCUGGAAGCACACUGACAGCUAGCAUGCUAACUGCGUAUGCUAAAGCAGCUGUCAAGUUAACGUUAGCGAGGUGAAUGUUAUUUCUGACAUUGACUUUAGAGUUUCUUCGUCAAAGUGUUAGUGCAUAUUAAAGAUACGAGCCUUUAGCGUCACUGCUUGGUAUAAAACACAUUGAAAUGUAACAAGUAGCAAAUGACCGAGUUAGCUAGCAUAGCAGUAGUCAGGUGGCUAGCUCUGUCAGACUGCAGAAAAUAGGCCUUUGAUAUGGCAGGCUGUGGAGGAGUGGACUGUUCAAUGGAUGCUUUGGCUCCUUCCAAGCUGAUGGAGGAAGUGGGAGAUAGUUGUUCUGCAGACCCUUCCAGCUCCUCCAUCGUCAACCCGGAGUGUUCCAUCUGCCUGCAGAGCUGCGUCCACCCUGUACGCCUCCCAUGCUUCCAUGUCUUCUGCUACCUGUGUGUCAAAGGUGCCUCCUGGCAGAGCAAACGCUGUGCUCUCUGCCGACAGGAAGUCCCAGAAGACUUUCUGGAGCGGCCAGUUCUCCUCUCACCUGAAGAACUGAAAGCAGCAGCUUCAGGGGUGAGCCAAGCUGGGGGGGCUGGGGGCGGCUCCCGUGGAGACUAUGCGUGGUACUAUGAGGGACGCAACGGCUGGUGGCAGUAUGAUGAGAGGACCAGUCGUGAGUUGGAGGAGGCUUUCGCUAAGGACAGGAAGAGCACAGAGAUGCUAAUUGCGGGGUUUCUUUAUGUGGCAGACCUGGAGAACAUGGUGCAAUAUCGCCGGAAUGAGCAUGGCCGCAGACGCAAGAUAAAGCGGGACAUUGUAGAUAUCCCCAAGAAGGGAGUUGCAGGACUAAGGUUAGACCCCGAACCUGCCCCCAUUGCUACUGUACCAGUUGUCCCCCCAGCUGCAACAGAACGCAUCAGCUCAGCUGAUGGAUCGGACACUGAUGGCCCAUCACAGUCUUCUUCCUUUGGGAUUAUGGCAUCUAUUCCUCCUGUUAGACCUCCAACACUCCUGGGGCGCCAUCUUACCAGUCCCCUUCUUGCCUCAUUACCAAGCGUGGAAGAGUCUUUAUCCCAGCUCCUUAUCAGCCAGCCAGAGGGUGAAGACGUGGAAGGAGAUGAUGAGCUACAGGUGUAUGAGUAUGCAUCCGGCAAUAGUGACAGUGAGGAAGAAAGGGAGUGCGAGAGAGCAGAAUCUAUACCUAGACAUAGGCAAAGACCGCUAGAGAACCAGCCAGCCAGGAUGCCUCCGAGGGGGGGGCCCUCAAGCUCUGCAAUCAGUCUGCGAUCACGUAGUCCUGAUGGACAGUGCACUGUCACAGAGGUGUGACUGGUUUCUGUAAACUUCUCUCUGAAACUUUGAUCAGGUUGGCAAAACAAUUCUCAAAACUAAUAUGCAUCAUUAAGGGUCCCAAGAAUGAAGAAACUUUAUUGUGUUGUGAUUUGUGUUAUUGGGUGUAUUUUGUCCCAUCAAUCGCGUGCCAAAUAAAAUACGAAAUGUAUUUUACUUAUUUUUUAUAACAAAACAUUAUUUGGUCAUUGAAAAUGACUUCAUCCAAUUGAUUGUAAUAUUAGUUUUCCCUGCAGGUCUAUAGAGGUAACUAGCAGUAGCAGCAAUAACAUAGUUCACAGCAGUGUACUUAGAUGUUAGUUUGAUAAAAAACAAUUUUUUUUUCCUUUUUAAUGGGAUGCUGUCAAAUGAUCUGUAUUUGUGAUGGGAGGGGGUGCGGCUGAAUGCCGGGAAAUUUGAUUACAAUUCAAUUAAAUAAGCAUACCUUUCUAUGUGUGUUUCCCCCCAAAUAAGUUCACUGUUAAAAUAUUUGUAUUAGUUUUUACUGUGCAAGCUUAACUCUUAUGACAACAUUAUAGCCAUUUCAAGAGACCUUUCACACAUGACUAAAAGCCUCUUGUGAAAGGACUUCCAACGCUAGUUUCAGACAGCAAUAUACUGUAUACUGGCAGUUACACUCUCAUCAACAUGUUAUAAUGAAGCAUAACAGUCUUGUUUUAGGGAUAAAAAGGGGUGAUUAACUUUGGCAAGGGUUUUUGGUCAAUGUUGUCCAAAAACUACCAUCUGUCACUGCCUUUACAUCAGUUUGUGACUGCAGUUUGUGAAAUGUAACAAAUUAGUCUUUUUUUCUCUGAUGUUUUGACUUCAUGGUUGAUUGAUAUUUGUAUAAUGUUAUUUUUCUUUCUCUUUGUGAUGAUGUGAACAUCUUAAAUGUAGCAGCUUACAGUUACAGAGGGUUAAAACUGCCUUUUCCUGCUUUUAUUAGUAGGAACAGAUUCAUAUUUAAACUGGAGUUUGCUGUGUGUAUAUGUUAAAGACCUUAUUCUCCCUAUUUUAGUGUGAAAGUCUUGUUUGAGUUAUGACAUCUGUGUUGUUGUGAGAGGGGUUGGGUGCUGAAAAGCUACUGGCAAAACCACUGGAAAGUGUUGAGCUAUAUAUGUAGAGACACAUUUGGAUUUCUAUUUCUCGUCAUAGUACUCUGGAUAGGGCCACUAUCAGAGCGCUGGCACUGACAUGUUCUUGGAUGGUCUUUAGCUGUCCUCACUCCCUCUGAUUCUUCCCUUUCUGCCUCAGCUGCUAUUAUUUUAACUGUCAACUUUUCACUGUUUGUGUCUCACUGUCUGAAUGACCCAAUAGAAACUUCCAUCCUUGUGCUGUUUUGUGAAGUUAUUAAAUAUAUAUCAUUUAAAAUCA